AAUUAAACAAAUCUCUAAGUACUACUGAAAUGACAAAUAUGUUAUUCCACCAUUUCUCUCUCUCUUCCCCUAUUAUAAAUUAUAGUCCAAACACCCUUCUCUUCUUUCAAUCCAUUCUCCUCGCUGAAAUUGACACAUGAAGAGCGGCGUGGCCUGCCAUUUCUGACAUACAUCCAUAUUUUCCCAUUCCAUUACUCUUCCAAAUAUGCUCCUUUCCCUCAACUACCUCUCCGGCUCCCCCGGCCCCUCCGGCUUCGGCUCCAAAUCCACCGCCGAACACGUCACCUCCUCCGCCCCCUUCCUCCUCCCUUCCUUCACCGCCAUCAUCACCGGUGCCACCUCGGGUAUUGGAGCUGAGACGGCUCGGGUUCUUGCCAAACGUGGGGCUCGUUUGAUACUUCCAUCGCGGAACCUUAAAGCCGCUGAGGAAACUAAGGCUCGGAUCGAGUCUGAAUGCUCUGAUUCGGAAAUCAUUGUUAUGUCGCUUGAUUUGAGCUCUUUGUCUUCUGUUAGAACGUUCGUUGCCCAAUUUGAAUCCCUCAAUCUCCCGCUUAAUCUCCUCAUAAAUAACGCUGGAAAAUUCUCGCAUGAGCAUGCAAUUUCGGAGGACGGGAUCGAGAUGACCUUUGCUACUAAUUAUUUGGGUCAUUUUCUGUUGACGAAAUUGUUGGUGAAUAAGAUGGUGGAGACGGCGAAAGCGACGGGGGUUGAGGGGCGGAUUGUGAACGUGUCGUCGAGCAUUCACGGCUGGUUUUCCGGCGACAUCAUUAAAUACCUCGGUCAGAUAAGCCGAAAUAAAAGCAGGAAUUACGAUGCGACACGUGCUUACGCGCUCUCUAAGCUUGCUAACGUUCUGCAUACCCACGAACUUGGUCGCCGAUUGAAGCAAAUGGGAGCUAAUGUUACUGUGAACUGUGUUCAUCCGGGAAUCGUCAGAACUCGACUUACUAGAGAUCGUGAAGGUUUCAUUACAGAUUUGGUGUUCUUUAUGGCUUCCAAGCUGUUAAAGACAAUCCCUCAGGCGGCGGCAACGACAUGCUACGUGGCGACAAACCCGAGGCUAAGCCACGUCACCGGCAAGUAUUUCGCCGACUGCAACGAGUCCUCGCCGUCCAAACUCGCCGCUAGUCCGACGGAAGCCGCCCGUCUCUGGUCCGCCUCCGAGAUUAUGGUCAACGCAAACUCAAAACUCGUUUUCGAUCCAAACAAUGCCUUGGACUAAUUUACUUUCUAUUAAAAAUUAAAAAAAAAAAAAGAUGUGACAUAUUUGGUUUGGAGAGAGAGAAUCUUAGUCCAAAAUCAAGUAUAAAAUAUAUAUUAAUAGAUGGUAGGUAGACAAAAAGCAAGAAGCUAGCUAGGUAGUGGGGGAAAGGAAUAUAUAUAUUUAAACAAAUAUAAUA